AAGUACUACUACUGCUGCUGCUACCAUUGCCGCGGCCUCCCCCGCUCGUUUACGCGCCAGCGGCCUCAAAUCCAGGGAUUCCCUCUUUUUUUGCACUUUAUUAUCAUACCUGGUUCUUCAUGCAGGCCACGUUCUUCUCUUCUUCCCCUCCUUGAUCCAGCAAAGUACUUCUUGCGUCCUCCGGCCUGCGGGCUUGGCGACAUGUCCAGGUCGAGCUCUGCGGUUCUCCAUCAGAGUUCGAGAUGUGCAACUGAAAUUCCUCGACACUCCAAUAUAUUUGUGUCUUCGGCGCCAGUAAUCACCAGUUCUUCCUUCACCUCAGCCGCGUCCUCUCCCUCAUUCACGAAUUCGGUCCCCGCGUCCACGACCGAAAGCUCAUUGUCCAUCGAGCCCUCUCAGUCCAACACAUUGCACUCAACAGCUGCAGCAGCAGCAGUUCUUACAGAUGCCUCGACUACACCGUCGUUACAAUCAUCGGUUGUUGACUCGGUGGUCGAGCCUACGACAACUGCAUCUGCGACCCUAGCAGAUCCUAGCGACUACAAUCUCAUACAAACACGUACGGAGGAUGGCACUCAUUUCCAUAUGCCGGUAUCGGCGCAGACAAGUUCAUUAUCAAGCUAUCAAACACAACCGUCGACAUCAGAAUCCUCCACCUCUACCUCAUUCAUUCCACACUCAGCAGUAACUAGCGCUGUCACUUCAGCCAAUGGCACGUCGCAUGGCUACAUAGAUCAAUCGGAUCAUGGUGGCUCUCACGCCUCACUGGGCGCAAUCUUGGGGGGCGUUCUAGGAGGCGUAGCUUUUGUUGCUCUUGCGCUUGCAAUAGGUUAUUUCGUGAUGCGUCACAAGCGGCGCAAGCCCCGUGACGAGCUGGCCACUGGCACGAGUGAAGAACACCUGCAAGAUGACCGCAGUCCGGCUGCUUCCUCAGCAGGCUCACAUCAAGUAUAUCAGUCGUGCGGGUCAUCUUUCACCGACCACUCCUCUACCCCCUCCAGCCCUCUGCGCGCUAUGUUCCCAGUAUCAAUUCCUGCCAAGAGCUACCAAGCGCGUCGGACCCCUUCCGGUCCAAACCUCCUCUCCGAUGCAAACCCUUUCCUAGACUCUGCGGAGAUCAAGUAUGUGUCGCGUGGUAGCGGCGUGCCCAGCAACGCGGGGACGCUUCGCAACCCGUUCGCCGAUGCAGCUCCAAGCCACACUGUGGUCAUGCGGCAAUCAUACAUGUCACAGCGACCCACGUCAACUGCCUGGUAUUCCAUGCACAGUGAUCGCAGCUUAGGGAGUACACUCCACCUACCUGGGCGGAGCAGCGCGGGUAGUAGCCUGCAACGACUCAGCUACCCGUUCACCGCGGCCGAGCUCGAAGCAUGCGAGCCCGUGGCCAGGCUAAGCACGCGCAGUGAUCCUUUUGAUCUGGAAUGUCCACCCCACGCUAUGCACCGGCGUAGUUCUACCGUCAUACCCAUAGGGCACGUCUAAAUUACGGCUGACGAGGGAGAAGAGAGAAGCUUUUUGCUGCCCACACACAGAGUGUAGGACAUGAAGAAGCACACGAGAUAUGCGACAUGAGUCCACGCUAUCAUCUGCAAUUA